UAACAAUUAUAUUUUAGUGAAUUAUAUAAGCUAAAACACUAAACACUCUGUAAUGUCGAAGGAAAGACAUUUUUUGAGACCUUUGAAUACGAGAUUACAAAUUAUUCUUGUGUGUGUUUUAAUUAUUUUCACGAAUGCGUACGAGCAAAAGACUGUAUCUAGAAUUUCAAAGAGAAUUGUCGGAGGAUCCUUAGCCAACAUUAAUGAUUAUCCAUUCAUGAUAAGCAAUCCAUUACAACUCUGUCUUACUAUUAGAAAACGAUACUAUAAUGUCGGUCGAAGGCCAAAAAUAAAGAUAGAAAUUAACAAUAAAACUUUUGUGUAUAAAAUUCACCAUAAGAGAAGUGAAGUUAAAUAGAAGUCAAACAAAAAUCCGUAAGAAUAGUUGUCAAAGAACGUUAAAAUAAUUUUAUAUAUAUAGUGUAUA